UAGUAGCGAGAGUGGAUUCAACUUGAAUAGUCGUGUCGCUUGUUUUCUUCUCCUCAAUUUUAUGGCAACACUCGAGAUGAGAGCAUUAAAAUUUUUAUUUAUUUUUUGCUUGGGGAUCUUUGAAUUGGGAUCGAUGGUUGAGAGCGUUCCACAAUUGACACAAACAACGGCAGGAAUUUUCUUCCCUUCAGAGGACACAAAUAUAAAGAGAAAACCAUCUCAUAAUCGUAAACCAUUGGAAGAUUUGAGACUUUGUUAUGAGAAUGAAUUGCUUUACCCUGGUGAUAAUGAAGGCGAUUGGGUAUGUGAUUGCAAGCCUGGUUAUGUCCAUUAUCCAGCAACUGGAAAAUGUUACGAAGUUUACACUCAAGGUCCAUGCAAUAAUAAUCAAAUAAUCGUGUUGAAAGAAGGCUCAAAUAUACCUGAAUGUGUUAAAAACCGGUGUGAUAACGGAAAGAUAUUUUACAAUGACAACUGUUACCCGUUAAACAGCGAAGAAGCGUGCAGACAAUAUUCUGCUUAUAUAGGUCGAAGAGUCUUUCUUGUUCCUGAUCCCACAACUAUGAACUUGAUCUGUGCUGAUGAAGAUUUUAGAUAUGCUUGUGUCAUUGAUUGUUGCAUCGCAAUUAAAUCUGAUUCAGGCGUUGUUUAUCCUGAAUCAGACACAAAUGAAAAUAGAAAGCCACAAAGUCAUAUGAGACAACCUGUCACUUCAUCAAAAUGUGGAGAGGGUGAACUGUUGUACCCAGGCGACACUGCUGGUGAUUGGACAUGUGAUUGUCGACCAACAUUUUUGUAUGAUCCUGGAACGAUGAAAUGUUAUCGUGCAUACUCGAAAGGACCUUGUCAAGCAAAUGAAAUCUUCUUUCUCCCCAAAUCUUCAUUUAUACCGAAAUGUGAACAAAAUAUUUGUGGUGCAGGAAGAAUUCUUUUCAACAAUGUUUGCGCUGAAAUUGAUGGUUUUGUGGGAUGUAAACAACCUUCACCAGGAAGAUUUACUCAUCGAGUUGUUGUAGAUGCAACAACAUUGCAAUUAACAUGUUUAUUCCUAACGCAUUCAAGAUCACCCGAACCUAUUGACGAGAAAGAAGGAAUUUAUGAAACAAAAGCUUGCUUUAUAGGUGGAAAACGAUCACAAGAAGGUUUAUGUCCAACAUCAGAAUCAUAAUUUUGACAAUUUAUAUUAUCAAAUUAGUUCCGUUUUUAGAUUAAAGAAUGGACAAAAAAUUUAUGUUAAUGGUUUUUAAUUUUCAAUUUUUCAG